UCAAAAUGGUAGGUACGCAAGCCUGAAACUCCGAGGAGCGUGUUCGGUGGCAACUGGCAACGGGGGAAUCUGGCAAGAGGCGGGCGCACGCCGCACAAACCGUAGCUUGUUUUCUGAAUGCACGCGCUGCGGCAUCAGCAGCCGGAGCUCGGAGGGCCAUGGUGAGCUGCCGCACGUCUUGGAAGAGGAUGAGGGUUGGAUGGUCUUGGUCAUCACUCCGCCGCUGCGGCUGCAAUGAUGGGCGCCAUCCACGCCGCGCUUGAGAAGGCCGGGGCGCCGGGCGUGAGCAGGGUCGUCGUGUCGGAGAGCGGGUGGCCGUCGGCCGGCGGUUUCGCGGCGACCGUGGAGAAUGCGCGGAGGGAACGCCUGAUGGACCAGGCCUACCGGGGCACGCCCAAGAAGCCCGGGCGUGCUGGAGACGUACGUGUUCGCCACUUCGCCAUGAUCAACGAGAACCAGAAGGCUGAAGGCCGGGGAUCCGACUGAGAGGAACUUUGGGCUCUUCUACCCAAACAUGCAGCCUGUCUACCCGAUUAACUUCCCCAGUUAGCAUGGUUUCCUGCCAUGAUUGCGGAAUAAUAGAGCUGAAGCCAACUUUUCCCAAUAUAUAGAGAUCUUAAAAUGCUUUCAA